AUGUCCACGACCGACCCAGCACCAGCAGCGUCGUGGUGGAGGCGGCGCAAGUCGACCCCCGACCCUCCAGCCCCCGCACCGCCAGACGCAGCGCUCACCAAGCUCCUAAACGAGGGCUUUAAAGGCGUGGACGCGCGCGCCGCCCUACAAAAGCACAACAACAACCCCUUCCUCGCCGCGAUCGACCUGCGGCACAUGUACCACGUGAAAGGGCUCGGCCGGCCCAAGAGCAAGGUGCUGGUCGGGUGUGUCAUCUGCGAGCGGGCAAGGAGCGCGGCCGCGCAGGAAGCGAAGGAGAAGGAGCGGGCACGGGUAGCGCUGGCGCUCUAUGGUGCGCGGCUGCAUCGCGAGCGGGUUGCGCGGCACGGCGGAAGCGCGUACCCUUAUGAUUCUGGAGGAUCUGGCUUUGGCGACUAUAGUGGCGGGGGUGAUGGGGGUGGUGGUGGUGACGGAGGAGGCGGCGGGGGCGAUGGCGGCGGCGGCGGAGGGGGAGGGGACGGAGGCAGCUGA